UGGGGAUGUUUCUGAAUUGCUUUGCUGGAUUUCAUCCUUCUAGAUAUGCUGCUGUACAAUACACGCCAUGUCUUGCAGCAGGUUUAGCCAUCUUGGUGAUUCUUCACUGCAGCUCAGCUCUCAAACUGGUUUGCUACUUUACCAACUGGGCUCAAUACAGGCCAGAAAGAGGACGAUUCCUCCCCCAGGACAUUGAUCCCAACCUGUGCACUCAUCUCAUUUAUGCCUUUGCUGGAAUGGAUGAGAACAAGAUCAAAACAGUGGAAUGGAAUGAUGAGAAACUAUACCAGGAUUUCAAUAAACUCAAAGAGAGGAAUCCAAGACUGAAGACUCUUUUAGCCAUUGGUGGAUGGAAUUUUGGUUCUGCAAAGUUCUCAGCCAUGGUGGCUACUCCUGCCAAUCGCCGGACAUUUAUUCUCUCUGUGGUUUCAUUCCUGCGAAAGCAUGAUUUCAAUGGCCUAGACCUAGAUUGGGAAUACCCUGGACACAGAGGCAGCCCUGCAGAGGAUAAAGAACGCUUCACUUCUUUGGUUCAGGAAAUGGCUGAAGAAUUCCGGGCCGAAACCCAGCGGACGAGAAAGGAAAGGCUGCUGCUGACUGCUGCUGUGGCCGCUGGGAAGACCACCAGCAAGACUGCCUAUGACAUUGCCAAGAUCUCACAGUGUCUGGAUUUUAUUAACCUCAUGACAUAUGAUUUUCAUGGAUCUUGGGAAAUGGUGACAGGCCAUGUCAGCCCCCUAUACCCUGACACUGAUGCUGCUGUACAAUAUUGGAGAAGCCAGGGUGCACCCCCUGAAAAGAUGAUCAUGGGAAUACCAGCGUAUGCAAGAACCUUCACCCUUUCUUCUUCCUCACAGACUGGACCUAAUGCACCAGCCUCAGGGCCUGGAACACCUGGUACUUUCACAAGAGAGGCUGGAUUCUUGGCUUAUUAUGAGGUCUGUAUUUUUAAACAAGGUGCCACCACAAAACUGAUUUCAGAGCAGAAGGUUUCAUAUUCUUUCAAGGGAAACCAGUGGGCAGGGUAUGAUGAUGUGGACAGUAUAAAAAAUAAGGUCAACUAUUUGAAGCAGAAUAACCUGGGAGGUGGCAUGGUUUGGGCCAUGGAUCUGGAUGACUUCAGCAACGCUUUCUGCAACCAAGGAGCGUACCCACUUCUGCAGACUCUGAAGAGAGAGCUGGGUUUCAAAGAUGGGCCAGCGAAUCCCAUACCUCCUACCCAAGAUGAACCUCUAAGACCUGAUCAGUCACAACCUGUUCCACCUACAGCAAACACAUUUUGUCGUGACAAAGCAGAUGGAACCUAUGCUAACUUGCAGGAUCCUAUGACAUAUUACCACUGUGCGCACGGCAAUGCCUUCAUCCAGCCUUGUGGAGCAAACCUAAUAUUCAAUGAUAAAUGCAAAUGUUGUGAUUGGAAACCACUUGGGACCAAGAUGGGUCAAGCAUCCAUAUGGGCAGGUUUAGUUGCACUGAUAUUUCUUCAGAGUGUUUCUAGCUAUAAACUGAUUUGUUACUUCACCAUCUGGUCCCAGUACCGAGAACCUGGUGGGCGUUUUGUUCCUGAUACCGAUACCAUUGACGCCAACCUCUGCACCCACAUCAUUUAUGCUUUUUCCAAUCUAAGUGGCAACCAGAUAACUCAUGCCGAAUGGAAUGAUGAGACUACUUAUGAAACCCUCAACCGACUAAAAACCAUAAAUCCUCAAUUGAAGACCCUUCUCUCUAUUGGUGGAUCUGGUGAAGGCUCCAAACGCUUGAGCAACAUAGCUGCAUCUCCUAGCAAACGCUCAGAAUUUGUGUACUCAGUGGUGAAAUACCUUCAGAGAUAUAAUUUUGAUGGCUUUGAUCUUGACUGGAUUUCUCCAGAAGAAAGAGAUAAAAGGCAUUUGGUUGACCUAGUUAAGGACCUGUCUAUACAAUUCAGUAGAGAAGCAGCUAAGAAUCCAAGCAAUAAAAAACUCAUACUGAGUGUUGCAGUACAAGCUGGGAGGGAAUCCAUUGAUAAAGGCUAUGACGUAAGGGAAAUCUCUAAGGCUGCAGACUUCAUUAAUUUCCUAUCCUUUGAUUUUCAUGGUUCCUGGAAUGAUGAAACUGGCCAUGGAAGCCCUCUGUACAAGGGCAAAAAUGACUAUGGAUCUUCAUCCUAUUAUAAUGUUGACUACUCUGUCAAAUAUUUGAAGUCAAAAGGUGUCCCUAAUGAGAAGAUUAUGAUGGGCAUCCCAACCUAUGGACGAACUUUCACACUUUCAUCCAGACAGACGGGGGUUGGGGCCCCAGUCUCUGGUACCGGAACGCCUGGACCAUUCACAAAGGAACAUGGGAUAAUGUCAUAUUAUGAGAUCUGUGUGUUUAAUAAUGGUGCCAAGAAGGAACAAAUUGAAGAGCAGGCAGUCCCCUACUCUUACAAAGGAAACCAGUGGGUAGGAUAUGAAGAUGUAAUAAGUGUUCGGGCCAAGGUUCAAUAUAUGAAGGAAAAUAAUUUGGGAGGUAUCAUGAUCUGGUCACUUGACUCAGAUGAUUUUUCAGGUUCUCAUUGUCACCAAGGAAAAUAUCCACUAGUUGGGGCUGUAAAAGAAGAGCUGAAUAAAAAGCCAGCUUAACCACAGCAUAAUAUACCAAGAAAACCUUGAAGGUAACAUGAAGCAUCUGAUCUCCUUCACUGGUCAGCUUAAAAUCACCACCUCUUUUCAUACGAACUACUCCAUGUUCUUUUUUCCCAAAUCUUUGGUUGCAAUAUUCCUUGUAAUUUUCCCCUCAUUUUGGAACCAUGAGAAGAGAGUGUCUCUUUGCUUUUCUUUCUAUACAUUUUUUCCACUGUGCAAUCCUAGGUAGAGCUACUCCUUUCUAAACCCAUUGACUUCUAUGGGAUUAGAAGGGUGCAGCUCUGCUUAGGACUGCACCGUUAGACACUGCAUAGGGAAAAAUCAAUUAAGAUAAAUCCUAACUUUUUUGGCUAGUUGACUUUGAUGAGAGUAGUAGUAGUUAAUGCCAAAACUGAUCAGGAAGCACUUAUGACAAAUACUUCCAGAACAUAGCAGAUGCUCUCACAUUUGAAGAAGGAAUGGAAAGCCUUAUGGUACAUGGCAUCUAGCAAUUGGUGAUUCAAUUCAACAUCCCAUACAGCAGGCUAUUUUUCACCUACUUCAUUCAGGCUUCUAAUGCCCCAAUUGAAGAACUUGUGCUAGAAGGACAAGUUUACACUCUUUGUCCUGGUCCAUACAUAUGUAGUGUUGUAUAUUGAAGGGGGUAAUCUCCACACUGGGGCUGAAGUAUUUUCAUACAAUCCAGCAACACCAGUCUCAGAUGCAUUUUACUGUUUGAACAAAACUCAGAUGCAUCUUACUAUUUGAACAAAGCUCAUACAAGCUCAUAUCAAUAGUGUACUGUAAUAUUCCAUCCCAGCACAAUGGAUGUCAGAUGCUUUGAUGCAGGAAACUAGCAGUGCUACUUUUCAUAUCUUUUUCAUCUCAGAGAAUGUGGAUAAGAUGUGCUACCAUUCUUGUUCAUGUGCCUCAAUGAGAGUAGCAUCUUCAGUUGAAAAGUAUCAUUAGCAUCACUGAAAAGUAGCUAUCUCCACAUCUUCUCUUGCUCACUAAGAUAACCUAUUUUCUUACUUUGGCCCCUCCCCAAGGCUUGGAACUCCCCUUCCUUCCAAGGAUUUCUCCUUUUUCAUUUUCAUCAUUGUACAAAUUCCUCCUCAAAACUGUUUUAUCUCCUUCCCUUAACCCAUAAAAUAACUAUGCAAAGAGUAGGGGCAAUUGCAGUCCUAAUGUAUGGUUUAUUUCUUGCAUCUUCUCAAUUUCCCCUUCUUGUCUAGCAUUAGACUGUAAGUUUUCUUGGGCUUUUCUCUUGAUUUAUCCUUCUUCAGCCUCAAGCUUAACCUGCUGUGCCACUGGAUGUGUUCUAGAUUAUGUAAAGAAGCUUUUUCACAUUAACAAAUAACACUGGAAAGAAGACCUGUUCUCUGUUUGUUAAUCAAAUGCAAAUGGGUUAUGCAUGUCCAGCUCUGUAUUCAGCAGUUCAUUAAAUGGCAAAAGCAGUUUUUUUA